AGCGGCGACGGCUCCAGCGGCUCCUCCUCCUCCUCCUCUGGUGGCGGCGGCGCCCCGGGCCUGAGCCCCGGCCCCGGCUCCCCUCUCCGCCGCCCCGCGCGCCCCCACUUCCCCCGGUGCCGCGGGGAACAUGAGGCUCCGCUCCCGGAGGCCGGCGAGUGAGUGACCCCCGUCCGCCGCCUCAGCCCGCCCGCCCGCUGGCCCGGCCGCUCCCCCCCGCCUCGCCCAGGCAAUGACAGCGGCUCCGCCGUCUCCGCAGCAGAUCAGGGACCGGCUGCUGCAGGCCAUCGACCCCCAGAGCAACAUCCGGAACAUGGUGGCGGUGCAGGAAGUCAUCUCCAGCCUGGAGAAAUACCCCAUUACCAAAGAGGCACUGGAGGAAACCCGACUUGGGAAGCUCAUCAACGACGUCCGCAAGAAGACGAAGAACGAGGAGCUCGCCAAGCGGGCCAAGAAGCUGCUGCGGAGCUGGCAGAAGCUCAUCGAGCCCGUGCACCAGAAUGAGGCUGCACUGCGGGGGCUGGCGGGUGCCCCCGGCUCGGCCAACGGGGGCGCCCAUAACUGCCGGCCGGAGGCAGGGGCGGCCGGCCCGCCCAAGAGCAUCCAUGACCUGAAGAACCGCAAUGACAUCCAGAGGCUGCCCGGGCAGCGGCUGGACAGGCUGGGCAGCCGCAAGCGCCGGGGGGACCAGCGCGACCUCGGUCACCCUGGGCCACCUCCCAGGGUCUCCAAAGUGAGCCACGACUCCCUGGUAGCCAACUCGUCCCCCCUCCCCACCAAUGGGAUCAGUGGGAGCCCUGAGAGCUUCCCCGGCCCCCUGGACAGCAGCGGGCACGUUGGCCCCGAGGGCAGCCGCCUGGAGCACAGUGAGAAUGACAAGCACAGUGGCAAGAUCCCCGUCAAUGCCGUGAGGCCACACACCAGCUCCCCGGGCCUGGGCAAGCCCCCCAGGCCCUGCUUGCAGAUGAAGGCUGUGGUGCUGCAGCAGCUAGACAGGGUGGACGAGACUCCAGGUCCCCCCCACCCCAAGGGGCCGCCUCGCUGCUCUUUCAGUCCCCGGAACUCACGGCACGAGGGCUCCUUUGCCCGGCAGCGGAGCCCGUACACAUACAAGGGCUCCAUGCCCAGUCCCUCGCCUCGGCCCCAGUCACUCGAUGCCACACAGGUGCCGUCACCGCUUCCGCUGGCCCAGCCAUCCACGCCCCCCGUGCGGCGGCUCGAGCUGCUGCCCAGCGCAGAGAGCCCGGUGCGCUGGCUGGAGCAGCCUGAGGGCCACCAGCGGCUCAUGGGGUUGGGCUGCAAGGCAGGGCUGCCACCGGCCGAGCCCCUCCUGCCCCGGGCAGGCUUCUCCCCGGACUCCUCCAAGGCAGACAGCGAUGCUGCCUCCUCCGGUGGCUCGGACAGCAAAAAGAAGAAGAGGUACCGGCCUCGUGACUACACGGUUAACUUGGACGGGCAGGUGGCCGAGGCAGGUGUCAAGCCUGUCCGGUUAAAAGAGCGGAAGCUCACCUUUGACCCCAUGACGAGACAGAUCAAACCUCUGACCCAGAAAGAGCCAGUGCGGGCCGACAGCCCUGUGCACACGGAGCAGCCGAGGACAGAGCUGGACAAGCCCGAGGCCAAGGCCAGCCUCCAGAGCCCUUUUGAACAGACGAACUGGAAGGAGCUGUCGCGCAACGAGAUCAUCCAGUCCUACCUGAGCCAGCAGAGCAGCCUGCUCUCGUCAUCGGGCGCACAGACCCCGGGCGCUCACCACUUCAUGUCCGAGUACCUGAAGCAGGAGGAGAGCACUCGGCGCGGGGCCCGGAAGCCGCACGUGCUGGUGCCUCACAGCCCGCCCUCGGACCUCCCAGGGCUAAGCCGUGAGGUCACGCAGGACGAUCUGGACAGGAUCCAGGCCCAUCAGUGGCCGGGGGUGAACGGGUGUCAUGACACACAGGGUAACUGGUAUGACUGGACGCAGUGCAUAUCGCUCGACCCGCACGGCGACGACGGGCGGUUGAACAUUCUGCCUUAUGUCUGCUUGGACUGA